UCAGACCGCGGCGGGAUGUCGUCAUCAGGCAUUGAGCUCACGACCAGGCGGGUCCGGCCCCAGCGGCAGCAGCAGCUCCUGCUAAUGAAUCUGCAUCUUUUAGCCAACCCCGGGGACUCUCUGCUGCUGCAGCACACACUGGACCGCCUGCUGCGCUGGCUCUGCCCAAGCCUCCGCAUCUUCCAUGUGUCAGAGAGGGCCGCACCGUUCAGGAGUUACACCCGCCUCUGUCCCGUGGCAGGCUACCCUUCCAUGGCCAUCACUUUCUUCCUGCAUGAGGCCUACGGCGAGGAGCGAAUCCUCAAAGUGCUGGACUUCUUCCAGAGGCCUCCGUGGCAGUACCACCACACAGAGAGCUGCGGCAACCGAGCCGGGGGGAUUCACAUCACCUCCCCCAGCUCCCCCGCAAACGCCCUGCUCCAGCCCUACCUCCUGCCCAGCAGAGACUUCUAUAGUUUGGGAGCAGGGAUGCCUGUGUGGGGGGUUCGACCGGUGCACUGCGGAGGAGAAAUACUGCGUGUGACCCUGUACAGUGGAUACGACAACUAUGAGGACGCUGUGCGGCUGUACGAGACAGUGCUGCAGCAGCAGGCAGAGGAGCAGAAGGCCGGCUUCUGCUGGUUCACGCUCCACACAGAGCCAGGGUUGUGCCUGCAGCUGGCGUUAAAGCAACUGUCACCGGGGGUGCGGGUGGAGCCGUGCAUCUCCGCCGUGCUGCAGUUCAGUGUGGAUGAGAUUGGACAGCUGGUCCCACUGCUGCCUAACCCGUGCACACCCAUCAGCAACACACGCUGGCAGACUGAAGACCUAGAUGGCAACAAGGUUCUUUUCCAGGUGAAAACGCCAGCUCAGCCUCAGCGACCUCUGACCUGUGCUUUCCCCCCGACCUGCCCCAGCGUAUCUCCUCGGGGAAUCCAGCUCAGGAGCUCGGGACAGGGCCACAGCCUGUCGCCCUGCAGCCUCACCACCCCCCUGCCCUGGCAAGCACACAGGCAAGGUAAGAACCCAAGAAACCAAAAUGUUUGUCAAAGGCCUCUCCUGGACAAGCAGCAUGGAGGAGGAGGAGGAGUUGGAGCAGAGAGCCUGGGAUCAGGCAGCUGCUGCAGCACCCCUCCAGGCAGCUCCUGUUACUCCUCCCAGCACAGCAGCCCCGCCCCGCCCUCCUCCUCCAAUCCACCUGACUCUCCUCAGCGCCCCUCCAUCACCCACUCGCUCUCCCAUCUCCUCCUGGAAGAGGACGAGGAGGAGCCAGAGACCAACGUAGACACGGGAGUUCCCAUCUCACCUUGCUCUGAUGCGACGGUCAAAACCAUCACCCGCUCUGCCUCCGUAGACCUUUUAAUGACUUUUCACUCGGACAGACCUGCAGCCGUUGGGGCUUCCGCUGUGGAGAGUCUUGCCAGGGAGUUGAGGGAGUGUCUGCCACAGACACACACACUGCCUCAGGGCCCCUCCAGGACGCGGGGCUCUGCUGCUUUUACAAAUGGAGGCAGGGAGGGUUGUAACAGCAGGACUAGCGAAGCGAAGAGUCCCUUCAAAGGGCCUGUGGUUGAGAAAAGGACUCCGGCUGCACUGCUAUCAGCACGCACAGACAAUGAGGAGCCACUAGAUGAGUUCUUCAUCUAA